AUGAUGAAGAUUAUGAUCCAUCAGGGGGGCCUUGGUCGGUCCCGCAAGCGCAAAAAUGGUGGCAAAUGCAGCCAGCCACAUAAGAAGCAAGCAAAGAUCAAUCCAUCCGGUAUCAUAUCUGGGGUCAAUGAGAAUGAGAAAACCAAUGCCAGCACUUCAAUUGCAAGCUCUGAUAUGAUAUUUACUUCCAUUGGGACAAAUGAGCACACUCUGGGACAACUUGUUGACCCAGCGGCAUCCAGUAUGCCUGGUCCAUCUGGGCUCGAAGGGGCCAAGAAUCCAGGCUUAAAACCGGCGACCGCCAGCGAGAAGAAAAAAAAGAAAAAUCCGAAUCGGGAGGGAUUUUCUGCCAAAAAAAAAUCCCCAGCAAAAGUUCCAAGUUGGCUUGCAUUUGCGCACAUUCAAACCUUCACCCGCCUCUUGCUCCUCCUUUUCCUCCUUUCUAACCUUGGAACUUUCUCGCGGAAGCCUGGCCGUGGGGACUAUUGCAAGUCAUUCAUUCAUUCCUUCUGUGCCCCGAGCUGCCGCCGACGUGCGCAGCUCCUCGCCACGACGUCUCCGACGAAGCGUCGCAAGGUCUCCCCGAGCAGUCCAGGAGAGACACAACGUCACGCCCAAGCUCCCUCUGAUCCUGCGGCGCCCUCACUCCCCUCAUUGCCUCCUCGGCGCGUUCCUUCAUCUCGCAGUGCAACCUCCUCGCCCGAACCACAACCUCCUCGCUACGUGCCCGCCCACCUGCAGUCGCACGUACCCGGCACUCGAUCCCACAACGGCGCCCGAUCACCCACCCCCGCGACCGCCACCGCUGGCCUCACCUUGACCAGUGAACGCGAACGUGAAUCUGAACCCUCCGACAUGCCGACUGGUGACACUGAUACUGACGCCCGAUCUCCCUCCCCUGGUGUCAAGCGCCCUGCUUCCGAGGUUGUCGACUCCGAUCCCGAUCCCGAUCACGAAGGAGGGGUGAGCACCAUGGAUACCAAUGGUGAUGGCCGGCCUUCAAUCGACGAGCAGAUUGCCCAGGUCCAGGCGACCAUGAUGUCAGCACUAAAGGAUCGUCAAAAGGGCUAUGUGGUAUCGAUGAACUGGUUGAAGACCAUCCUCGCGCGAAGCUCCUCCCACGCCGAACAAGCCGGCAGCGAAUCGCAAGACAACGAACUCGGCCCUGUCGACAACUCCGACCUCGUGCUCGACGUUGGCCCGGCAAAUGAGAAGUUUAGGGACGAGAGAAGCGAACCAUUUACACCUUUGCGCCCGGGCUUGAAACAAGGCGAAGACUUCGAGGUCGUUCCGCAGGAGGGAUGGGAUAAGAUUAAGAGCUGGUAUGGCCUCGCCGACCAGUCGCCGGUCAUCAUACGAUACGCGCACAACGUCAACCAGCGCCAUGAGGACGAGAAGAUCGAAUACGAACUCAACCCCCAGAUCUACACCAUCUACAAGCUCGGCGCCUCCUCCAACAUCACCACGAAGAUCCUGAAAGAAAAGAACCGCAAGCCCGUCAAGGUCUUGGCGCACGCCACUAAAAACUUCCAGAAAUGGCUAAAGGAUGCGAAGAAAGAGACUGGAAUUGACAAGUCGACUAAAGUCCGCGUAUGGAAAAUUGCCGGCAGCAUCCCCAGUGCCAGCGCCUCCGCCGUGACGACCCCCGCCGUGUCCCGCACCGUUUCCCCCGCGCCCCCGUCGGGUCUCCUCGCCACCAGCAAACACCUGAACGUCGACCCUAAUGCAUUUCUCUCGUUGGCUGAAGGAACCGAGCGAGAGCUCCUCGAUGAACAGAUCAAGGAUCAGACUGACAACCCCAAGUACAAUGGCACCAUGAACUUGCGCAUGGCGGGCCUCGUUGGCACGGAUGUCAUUAUCCUUGAGGAGCAAGUUGGUAAGAAUGGAAAAUGGGCAUCCGAGGUGUUGGAGAAGAAGCUCAAGGCCAAUGGACUGAGCGUGGAGAAACCUAAGAAAGAGCUGAGCACACUCGUUGCCAAAACACCCUUGAGCAGUGGCAGAUCUACCCCGGCCCAAGAGACCAAACCUGAGCGUGGCCGUCCCCGCGGACCCCCAAUGGGCAAAACCGGUCUUGACAACCUCGGUAAUACCUGCUACAUGAAUGCGGCGACGCAGUGUCUUCGAAAUGUCGAGGAACUGACCUACUACUUCCUGAGCGGCAAACACAAAUCUGAGUUGAACUUUGAUAACCCUCUGGGUUUCCGUGGAGCGCUUGCCAGUGCUUACGGAGCUUUGCUGGGUCAAAUUCAUCGCCAGCCCCCGCCUCCAUUUGUGGACCCUAGGAAGUUUCGCAAUGUGAUUAAGCGGACCCAUCCGUUCAUGGACAGCUACGAGCAGCAGGACAGCCAAGAGUAUUUGAUGGCUUUGAUGGAUGGUGUGGCAGAGGAUCUAAACCGGAUCGUGAAGAAGCCUGCUGUCGAGAAACCCGAUUCUACAGAUGAAAUGGUGACUAACCGGGAGGCCUUGGAGAAGUUCGCUGCCACAUCUUGGGAGUUGUAUAAAGUUCGCAACGAUUCCGUCAUGACAGAUCUGUUUGCCGGCAUGUACAAGUCAACUUUGCAUUGUCCCAACUGUGAGAAGGUUAGCAUCAGCUUCGACCCAUUCAUUAACCUUACUCUGCCGAUUCCGAACCGACAAAUCAUCUUCCGGGAAGUCAUAGUGCAAAAGAUCGGGCAGACACCAGUGAAGGUUAUUGUUGAAGUCGAUGCGUCUCAGUCGCUGCUGGCUUUCAAGAAAGAAGUCGCUAAACGCGCUGGAAUCAGCCACAACCGACUUGUCGGCGGCGAGGUUUACAACGGCACCUUCUACCAAUACCUCAAUGAGGCCAACCGGUCAUUCCGCGAGGUCAACCUCAAGGCUGAGGAUGACGUGCUUUUCAUGGAGGUGGAAGGCGCCGUUCAAGAUCGCAUCUUGAUUCCAGUCUUUAACCGCUACCGCUCCGGUACCAACCACAACAGUGGUAAACCCAGUUUCAAGCCAUUCGCGCUUCCAUUGAUGAUUUCUCUCACCCAGGAAGAAACUCGUGACGUUGAAGCGAUCUACAACAAGGUUCUGAAACAGGUUGCCGCGCUGACAACUCGCGAUAUCUUGAACGAGAAGGAACCUGAGACGGACAAGGCCGAUUCGAAUAUCACCAGUGAGGAUGACGAUGAAACUGCCUCGCACCCGUUGGCCGGCAAGAUUUCGCAAAGUCUUCUGCGUCUUUUCAAUAUGAAGAUUCUCGCUGGCCAGGCCUACGGCAAGACGCUUCCUUUAGGUCGUAAUCUCGAUAACAGCCGUGAUUAUUCCCUGCUCACUUCCCGCAUCCCAACACCUGCUCUACCAAAGGUGUCCGACAAUAACUCCGAAGGCUCAACCGAUGGUAAUAGCGAUGCCAGCGGCGAAGCCGAGGCGCCCCAGAGCCCAGCCAGCGAAAUUGUCGAUGACUGGUUUCUCGUGGAGCCAUCGGAGGCUUUGCUCCUGGACUGGAAUGAUGACGCGAAGGAUGCCCUUUUCGGUGGAAAGGAUUAUGAUGAUGAGGAUUUGCGAGGUAAGGCUACCUACUUGAAGCCUGAACUUCUUAGCGACCCUGAGAUCUUGAAACGCAAGUCCGAGUGGGAUACCCGGAGGACCAAGGGUGUCUCUCUUGACGAGUGUCUGGAUGAGUUUGGCAAGGAGGAGAUUCUCGAAGAGCAGGAGUCAUGGUUUUGCCCUCGCUGCAAGACGCAUACCAGGGCCAAGAAGAAGUUUGAUCUUUGGUCAACCCCCGAUGUGUUGGUUGUACACCUCAAGCGUUUCUGUAUCAUCAACCGUUACCGGCGCAUGAAGCUGGAUACCCUUGUCGACUUUCCCCUCGAGGAGUUGGAUCUGUCAAAGUAUAUUACCGGUCCCGACGAUGGCAAGCCUAUGAAGUAUGAUCUCAUUGGCGUCGACAACCACUCUGGCAGCAUGAAUGGUGGUCACUACACUGCCUACUGUAAGAACUUCGAGGACGGUCGUUGGUACGAUUUCAACGAUUCGUCUGUUUACGAUAUCGAUAACAACAAGGCCCGAGUUGUGUCGUCUCGAGCUUACCUUCUCUUCUACCGUCGCCGCUCUCCCGAACCCCUUGCCGACGGUGGCCAGCGCCUUGGCUCCCCUGUCCAAGAUGGUAUCUCCAGGGACGCUCAUAUGUCGAGCUCAGAUGAAAGCGACAAUGAGACCAGCCAGAUGAGUCUUCUCAAUGAAGGUCCCUCCUGGUCUUUUGGCGCCAUGGAUGUCCCCACUCGCCGUUUUGAUGAUGAACAUAACAAAAAGGCCAACGAUGGCGACGAUGACCUGUUUGAGGACGAUGACAGUAACGUUGCUGUUGGUAGCUCGGAGGCGGGAGACCGCAUGGAGGACCUUCGCUCCGGUGUUACUUCUGAUCAUGAUAUUUCCUUCGAGGAUGUCCCUCCUCUGCAAGAUGAUGGAUCGGAGGAUGAGCUGCCUGUAAAGGAACUCCACGUCGAUGAGAUUGAUAAGAUGGAUAUCUGA